AAGGACUCCCAAGCCUCGGAGCCCGGAACCGGCCCUGGACCGGUGGCAGUGCCUGAGGCGGCUGGCGCUCCCGCUCCAUGGAGCGGCCCCCGGGGCUGCGGCCAGGCGCGGGCGGCCCCUGGGAGAUGCGGGAGCGGCUUGGCACCGGCGGCUUCGGGAACGUCAGUCUGUACCAGCACCGGGAACUUGAUCUCAAAAUAGCAAUUAAGUCUUGUCGAUUAGAGCUAAGUACUAAAAACAGAGAGCGAUGGUGCCAUGAAAUCCAGAUCAUGAAAAAGUUGAACCAUGCAAAUGUUGUAAAGGCCUGUGAUGUUCCUGAGGAGUUGAAUUUUUUAAUUAAUGAUGUGCCUCUUCUAGCAAUGGAGUACUGUUCUGGUGGGGACCUCCGGAAGCUACUCAACAAACCAGAAAAUUGUUGUGGACUUAAAGAAAGCCAGAUACUUUCUUUACUGAGUGACAUAGGAUCUGGAAUUCGAUAUUUGCAUGAAAACAAAAUUAUACAUCGAGAUCUAAAACCUGAAAAUAUAGUUCUUCAAGAUGUUGGUGGGAAGAUAAUACAUAAAAUAAUUGAUUUGGGUUAUGCCAAAGAUGUUGAUCAAGGAAGUCUCUGUACAUCUUUUGUGGGAACAUUACAGUAUUUGGCCCCAGAGCUCUUUGAAAAUAAGCCGUACACAGCCACUGUGGAUUAUUGGAGCUUUGGGACCAUGGUGUUUGAAUGUAUUGCUGGAUAUAGGCCUUUUUUGCAUCAUCUGCAGCCAUUUACCUGGCAUGAGAAGAUUAAGAAGAAAGAUCCAAAGUGUAUAUUUGCAUGUGAAGAGAUGACCGGAGAAGUUCGGUUUAGUAGCCAUUUACCUCAGCCAAACAGCCUUUGUAGUUUAAUAGUAGAGCCAAUGGAAAGCUGGCUACAGUUGAUGCUGAAUUGGGACCCACAGCAGAGAGGGGGACCUAUUGAUGUUACUUUGAAGCAGCCAAGAUGUUUUGUAUUAAUGGAUCACAUUCUCAAUUUAAAGAUAGUACACAUCCUAAAUAUGACUUCUGCAAAAAUCAUUUCUUUUCUGUUACCAUGUGAUGAAAGUCUUCAUUCACUACAGUCUCGAAUUGAGCGUGAAACAGGAAUAAAUACCGGUUCUCAAGAACUUCUGUCAGAGACAGGAAUUUCUCUGGAUCCUCGGAAACCAGCCUCUCAAUGUGUUCUGGAUGGAGUUAGAGGCUGUGAUAGUUACAUGGUUUAUUUGUUUGAUAAAAGUAAGACUGUAUAUGAAGGACCAUUUGCAUCCAGAAGUUUAUCUGAUUGUGUAAAUUAUAUUGUACAAGACAGCAAGAUACAGCUACCAAUUAUACAGCUGCGCAAAGUAUGGGCUGAAGCAGUACACUAUGUAUCUGGGCUAAAAGAAGACUACAGCAGGCUCUUUCAAGGACAAAGAGCAGCAAUGUUAAGUCUUCUUAGAUAUAAUGCUAACUUGACAAAAAUGAAGAAUACUUUGAUCUCAGCAUCACAGCAACUCAAAGCUAAAUUGGAGUUUUUUCGCAAAAGCAUUCAGCUCGACUUGGAGAGAUAUAGUGAGCAGAUGACUUAUGGGAUAUCUUCAGAAAAAAUGCUGAAAGCAUGGAAAGAAAUGGAAGAAAAGGCUAUUCACUAUUCUGAGGUUGGUGUCAUUGGAUACCUUGAAGAUCAAAUUAUGUCUCUGCACACUGAAAUCAUGGAGCUGCAGAAGAGCCCCUAUGGAAGACGCCAGGGAGACUUGAUGGAAUCUCUGGAACAGCGUGCCAUUGAUCUCUAUAAGCAGCUAAAGCACAGACCUACUGAUCACUCAUACAGUGACAGCACAGAGAUGGUGAAGAUCAUUGUGCACACCGUGCAGAGUCAGGACCGUGUUCUCAAGGAGCUGUUUGCUCACCUGAGCAAGUUGUUGGGCUGCAAGCAGAAGAUUAUUGAUCUACUCCCCAAGGUGGAAGUGGCCCUCAGUAACAUCAAAGAAGCUGACAAUACUGUCAUGUUUAUGCAGGGAAAGAGACAGAAAGAAAUUUGGCACCUCCUUAAAAUUGCCUGUACACAGAGUUCUGCCCGCUCUCUUGUAGGAUCCAGUCUAGAAGGCACAGUAACCCCUCCAGUAUCAGCAUGGCUGCCCCCUACAUUAGCAGACCGUGAACAUCCUCUGACAUGUGUGAGAGACGUUAGCACAAAUGAUAGAAGAAAAUCUGAACUGUCUUGGCCAUUUAAGUACUAUUAUUCGUGAAGCAAAUGAGGACCAGAGCAGUAGUAUGAUGAGUCUUGAUUGGAGUUGGUUAGCAGAAUGACUCGCCAUUUGUUCACUGUCCUUGAGCCUAUGACGCUGUCCCAGCACAUCCUCUAAAGUCAUCUUUACUUGUGGAAGCCAUUCUUCACAUACCAGUCCGAGGAGGAGAGGGCUGUGAGCAGAAACUACAAAUGACUUUACAAUCACAGUAGCUUCCUGUUUUGUUUUAUUUUUUGUAAAUAAUUGUGAUUUCUGAACAGAUAGGAUUUUAUAACAAAUUAGUGGAAUUAAUUAUUUUUUUAACACUGCAGCUAAUUAGGGAGCUCAUUAGUGACCUGCUUAUCUUAUAAUGUUGGAGAAAUACUACUAAUGUAGCUGAUAAAAAAGAUAACCUUCUAAAGGUCUAAACUGUAAGCAUAAGGCCCAACAUGGUAUUAGUAUACAGAGAUGAGAAAUUCACCCAGUGUUCACUUUUUUUUUAAUUAGUAGGUCUUGGAUAUAUAUUUAUCACUAUUCAAUGUGCAACAUCUAAAUAUUAUGAGACUAUACCGAUUGGCAAUUCCAUAGCAUAGCUCUAAUGAAGAUACAAAUCAAAUAAAUCUAUCUCUUAAGGCGUUGUUAACCUUGUCUUCUUUCUUAGAGGAAUGCCUGCAAAAGUAAAUCAGAUAACUCACAUUUUGAGGUACAUGGUUUUGUGAGAAUAUUAUAAUCAUAGCUACAAUUAAAGGACUGAUAUUUUACACACUUCAUUUUCUUUAGAGCUUCCAGAACAUAUUAGAAUUUCCUUAGAGACAUAUUUGUAUCAGCUUGCACAUGGAAAUUACUUCUCAUGUCUUCUAGAACUUUGACAGUGUUCUUCAAUAUGAUCUUCCCAGUUGUAGCCUAUAACAGUGAGGUUCCAGUAGGUCUCCAACAUCACCUCUUUGUAGAGACUCUUCUGGGAAGGAUCCAGCAAACUUCACUCUUCCCCAGUGAAGUUCACAUGUACGUCAUCAAAAGUCACUACAUCCACGUCUUGAUUUCAGUGCUUCCCUGAAGUCCCCUCACAACACCCGACAGCAGAGCUCAGAGCAGGACACAGAGAACCAUUCAACCCUGCACAGCUGCAGCAAACUUGCUGAAAGCCCAGUGUUCAUUUUAAGUAAAGCUUGUCUAUGGAGUUUCUGUGGAAGAGAAUGCUCACAAGUAAACUUGGGCUUUCUGAAGACUAAGCCCCGCCUCCUUGUGUUGUUCUCAGCAAGUGCUCUUCAUGGCAUCACAUGGAGUUAGAUGAAUCUCAUCUUUAAUUGCACAUUUAAUAGAGUCCUUUUCUUAUGUGUGGGAUUGGACAUAUGUGCCUUUGAUAUCAGCUGACCGUAAUGAAUUGUGUUGUGUGCUAUGUGUAUAUGUAUUUAAGGUGUACAUUUAAUAAUAUCAAAGAGAAGGUGCCUGUUAAUUUAUAAUGUAUUUGAAAGUUGUAUGUUUUUGCAUUUGUAAAAAUGGGUCACUUGUUUAAAUAAUCUUUUAUGUCUUGUCACACAAGUUUCAAAAGGUCUGCAUUCCUUUAUCUGUAAUUAUAGCCUCAAAAUCCAAGAAGUUCUGAAAACAAGGUUUUUAUAAACUUGAUAACAAAAUUCAUUUGCUUCUUGAUCUAUUCUGAUCUGAUACUGAAUCUGCUUAUCCCAUUUAGUGUGAAUAUUCAUGUAUUUUGCCACAUAAAUAUUAACAUGUUUGAUUAUUGGGGUGUGUUGCCAUAAACUCUUUUAAGGGUUGAUGUAGUGUGGUGUAUGCACAGAAUUACUUUUCUAAAAUCUGAAAAUUUUUUCAUUCUGAAACAUUGUGGAUCUCUGAAAGAUUGUGGAUCUCUGCCUUUUGUUAAAUAAUUUAGAAGGUGUUAUUUUCUUUUAAAAAAAUGUGAAAUGCUUUUAUAUUUUAGUUUUACACUUUGUGUAUUAAAUGAUUUUAAAACUA